CUCACAGAAUCGGAGCCUCCGAUCAGUAGGGCGAUGGAGCUGACUGGACAACGGAUGUGUUCGCUUCAGGCCAGUCCCACCAAACGCAGAACUAAUUUGCUCAGAAUUUCUAUGUUGCUAUUAGGGUUUUGCUGGGAUCGCAGUGGCUCCUAUGCAAUGGGAGUGAACCAGAACGGCAUAGUGGAAUUCUGUGCAGGAAGCAGAUGUACCAGAGGAGAACUUGAAGCUUUCUUUAGCACAUUACACUUCACGGGGGAAUCUGCAUUGGUCUGCUGCCGUGUGAUGCUGUGAGCUCAGUCAUUGGCUUGGACCUUCAGAAGAUAUUUGCAGAUACCAGGCUCCCAAAUAUCGGUCCUAGAUGUGAAGCAAUCCCAUGAUGCAACAUGUGUCCCCUGCAUCAUCACUGACCAUGAUGGCAACCCAGAGUGUACCCCCUCCAACAUACCAAGAGAGCCAACAGAUGACAGCCACGGCCCAGCAGACCACCAAGACGCAGCCAGUGCAUAUCCCAUCAUCCUCUGCGGCUGCCACCCCUGUAGCCACUGUACCACUCGACCCUCAAGCACAGUUGGAGUCUGACAAGAGAGCAGUGUACAGGCAUCCACUCUUUCCACUCCUUGCUCUUCUGUUUGAGAAGUGCGAGCAGGCCACGCAGGGGUCAGAGUGCAUUACCUCGGCAAGCUUCGAUGUCGACAUUGAGAACUUCGUUCACCAGCAAGAGCAAGAGCACAAACCCUUCUUCAGUGAUGAUCCUGAGAUUGACAGCUUGAUGGUAAAAGCUAUUCAGGUUCUGCGAAUCCACCUGCUGGAGUUGGAGAAGGUCAAUGAACUUUGCAAAGACUUCUGUAACCGCUACAUCACGUGCCUCAAGACGAAGAUGCACAGCGACAACCUGCUGAGGAAUGACCUGGGAGGCCCGUAUUCUCCAACAGCAGUGUCCCACGCCCUGCCAGUGCAGAAUUCUCCAGACUCUUUGACAACGAUAAACAACACUGUCAACUCCCAGGGGAUUGUGGUACCAACAUCUGCAUUACAACAAGGGAAUACUGCCAUGGCAACACAGGUAGUAACAGGUGGAACAAUUUACCAGCCGGUAACUAUGGUAACCUCUCAGGGUCAAGUGGUGACCCAGGCCAUUCCACAGGGUACAAUACAAAUCCAGAACACACAGGUGAAUCUGGAGCUGACCUCUCUCCUUCAGGAUGGAGAGGACAAGAAGUCAAAGAGUAAACGUGGUGUCCUGCCCAAGCACGCCACUAACAUCAUGCGCUCCUGGCUCUUUCAGCAUCUUGUGCAUCCGUACCCAACAGAGGAUGAGAAGAGACAGAUAGCUGGACAAACCAGCCUCACGCUCUUACAGGUCAACAACUGGUUUAUCAAUGCCAGGCGACGUAUCCUCCAGCCAAUGCUUGAUGCCAGUAAUCCCGACCCUGCUCCUAAAGCCAAGAAAAUCAAAUCCCAACACCGGCCAACUCAGCGCUUCUGGCCAGACUCUAUCGCAGCAGGAGUACUCCAGCAGCAAGGAGGGAAUCCCAGCAACCCAGACAGCACUAUGACUGCGGCCAUAGACAGUCUCCAGUCACUCUCCUCUGACACUGCCACCCUCGCCAUGCAGCAAGCCAUGAUGGCUGGCCAUGCAGGCGAUGACUCGUUGGAUGGAACCGAUGAGGAGGAGAUUGAAGAGGAGGAAGAGGAUGAGGACGAUGACAACGGGGAACUGCAGACGACCAAUGUUAAUGACCUGGGCCUGGACAAUAGUGACUCCCUCGACUAACUGCUCUGCUUGCACACACAGGAGACAAAGGAAAAAAAAAGUUGACCAGUGUGCGGACUGUUUUUUUUAAAAAAAAGAAAGACUCUUCUCUAUGAACAAGUCACAUCAAGAUGACAGUCAUAAGAAUGAAGGCCCCCGUGUCUAGAAUCUAUUUUGUGAUUUAUUCGGUAUUAAUGAAUGUUAUUGUGAAUGUAUCCUUCAUUUUUUUUUCAACAUUUGUUUUACAUUUGUAUUUUUUACUUGGCUGGUGUGGUUGUCUCCACAGCCCUCGAUGCUCCUGGCUUCACAUUUGGACUGAGGCGUUUCCUAACACUAAGGAGAGAGGGGCGAAACGGUGAGACUGUGUCCAUCUUGCUCUCACCCUGGCUUUCCAACCAAAAUAAAUAUUGAUUGAAAAAGGGCAGAAGCUGUUUGUUUCACGGGUCACUCCUUUCCCUGCUUGGCCGCCAGUACCUGAUGGACCUCAAUUUGAAUUGGAUAAUGGGUUAGCAGCAAAGAGUUGACAAGGCUGAUUGAGUUCUUUCCUAGCUCUUCAGUUACAUGGCCUCCCUCCUCUUCCUGCUGCUCUCCCCAGCCAAGCCCUUUUUGUUUGCCCUGUUUGAUACAUUUUAGUUAUAAAAAGAAUAUUUUAAAACAGCACAAUCUUUGAAUGCCCCCUUGAUUCUUCUCCUGGUUGGUGUUUGCUACUCUGACCCGAGGUUUGAUGUUUGGAGUCUCUAGCAUUAUAUGAGGUAUGGGGUAUAUGAGGUAUGGGGUAUUGGUAACCUUGCGCAGCAACCUACAGACCGAUUUGUUUUGAAACUAUGAAGCUUUUGAUAUAUCCUGGAACGGCCCUUUGCCUGGUUUCUAACCAGGCACACCAGUCUUUAAUUAGCUCUCCAGAAAUUUAUCAAAUAUAAAUCAAACACUAAAAUAUACUGUUUUCUAGAGGUGAAAUUGAAGCUUUUUCUUUUCCAUUAGAUAUUUCUGCGUUCGACAGGAGAAUGGCCUGUCUUGCUGGGUUCUGAAGAAAUCACUUCCACUGUGAUUGUGAUAAUAUGCUUAAUCAUUUCCUGUUCCCAUGUUGUACAAAUUUGAAGGAGUUAUGCCUGUAUGAUUUGGCACUUCCUUGCUUCUAGUCUCCCUCAGGACUAGAAGGGAUUAAAAAGGCCUUUAUUGUCAAA